CAGGCACAAAUUGGGAAUGAAAUGAAAUAUUUUUGAUUUGUCUGGAUAAAGGCAACAAAGUAUCCACUUCAUUUUCACCCCAUCUUCCAGCUGGAACAUUCUGUACCAGCACAAAACAACUACAAUUCUGCAACCUGUUCUGCAACAGGUGCACUGUAAUAUAGCACCUCCCAUGUCUGCUACCAAUAAGAAUGAACAAGAGGCACUUGGAAGUAAUAUAUCUUACUUCACACCCCAAAAUCUUGGAAACUCCCACCCAAAAACACCAUAGAGCAUUUCCUGCAGCAGUCAUAGUGACGGCUAAAGUUGACCGUCUCAGGAGCAGUUUGGGAUGGACAAUUACUAUGUAUUGGCAGUGAUACCCAAAUCCUUUUGAAGGAAUGAGAACAGUUUUUUAAAAUGUGGCCAAUGCCAUUGAAGUCUCUUGAUACAGAUCAAGAAAUACAGCAAUCUUAUAAUUUGCACAUUUUAAUCAGUUUCAAUAAUAUGCUGUCACAUAAAUUCAAAGUAUGUCCAAAAAGUACGCAAGUUCCUGAUUCAUCUGUAACCAAUAAUCCCAAAUAAUUGGCAGAUACUCUAAAACUUAACUCUCUCGAGUAUUAGAUGACAGCAACCUCAAAUGAAAAUGACUUGCUCAGUUGCUUAAAGUGCCUCUGCAACUAUAUGUUAUAUAUUUAUCUACAUUUGAGUUUGAUUUAUUUAUUUCUGUAUUUUCUUCACCACCAUGCUCAUCUAUAACAUGCCAAGCUGCAACAAGAAUUGAAAUCUAGCAGCACAAAGGUUCUAAAGACUUAUAACCUGAGUUGAUCACUAACUAGAAAUAUUUUCAUGUGUACUCUGCUAUUUAACUAUUCAUAAAUUCUGUUGGCUCAGCAUCUGGCUCAAAAAGUCAUGCUUCCUUUCAAUUAUGGCUCUGCUUUCUCUUUAACUUACUGGGUCCCCUGUCCCUGCCCUCUUUUUAAACCCAGCAGUCGCAUCCUUGUGCUCUGCUUAAGCUGACCAGGACUUGGUUUUCUGCACUCCUUUGAAAUAUACUGGGUUCACUGGAAAGUUUAUUACGUUCCUAUGUAACAUCUCAAAAAUGAAUUAAAAAUGUGAUGGGAUAUUAAUAGCAUACAAAACUUCCAAUAAUCCAGAAAAUCUGCCAGUCUAGUACUGCUAAAAUCCCAAGCAUCAGGUUGCUGUUUUACUGCAAUAAUUGUAAUGUGUUACAUUUAGCACUAAAGAAAGAGGACUGAAUAAUGAAACUCUGUUGCAAGAUACUUCUAUGAUAUAAAGGGCAAUGGUCAAAACUAGAAUGGCCUUCUAUAGCUAGUUAUGCAAAAUACAAGGAGGUAGACAAGUUGGUUGUUUUACUAAGUUCAUUGUGAAAUUACAUUGGUGAAUAUAUUCAUGUAUCUCAUUUGCUCAAACGUUUCAAUCUCUUCCAGCCCAGCCAUUAACUUGCCAAUAGAUCUUGCCACUAGUUCAAUCUCACAACAAUCCUGUAGCUUGGCAAUGGAAAAUUAAUCUAUUCUUAUCCAGUUUAAAUCCAGACUUGCAUGAUUGACAAUUGAUUGCCUCUAAAAUGGUCUAGAAAGAUAUUUAAGUAGCAAUCAAACUAAGCAAACUCCCUGAUUUUGACACAGUUAUGACAAUUAACUGACUUUAAGUUGCCUAAUUGAAAUGAUCAUGUUAUUGAAUUCAUGCCUGUAGCCUUCCAGUCCAGGUCUUUGCAUUACAAGCAGGACAGAAACAUCACCUGACUACACUUCUGAUAUUUCAAUGACUGCACAUCAGAUUAAGCCUCAGUUUAAUAUCAUGCAGGCUACAAUGUAAUUUUAGAUAGUUAAUUAGUAUAAUUAAAUGUCAUUCUUAAUUCUGUGGCAACACUCCACCCCCAUGGUUUCAUGAUUCACCAUGGGAAUCUGAGCUUGAUAUUUUUUGUGUUGGGGAGGGUUGGGGAUGUAGAGAACAUAUUAUUUCUUACCGGCGGUAUUGAGUUCCCCUUGGCUCAUGUAAACUGAUUCAUAUUCAAAGGAAAAAAACUGAAGUUGCUGAUAGAAGCAUUAGCAGAUCAACCUCUUGUAAAAAAAAAAGUGCCUGUUUGUCCACUCCAAACUUUAUACAAAAUGGUAAAUACAUUCCAUACUGAAAAUGUUGUUCCAAGGUAAUAUUUCACUCUGGCAAAGAAUGAUUCAGCAAAAUGGUACAUCUGUCCAAUGGGAGUCCUUUUUGUACAGUAGAGGCUUUAUGUGGAGUUGAACAAUUUGGCUACAAGUAUUUUUCUGAGAGUGUCUUGGCGCAGAAUUCUGAUUCGUCAUGUUUGAUAUUUGUUACUACUUGAGCAGGAAGAAACAAGGCCAAGCUUUAUAUUCUGUAAAAUGAGACUCCUUGCAUGAAUAGAUCUUUUGUUAUGUUAUAAUAUUUAAUACUGAAGAUUUCAAUUUAAUAACUAAUUGAAAGAUGUGUGUGAGAAACUUUUAAAAUUACUGUUUUAGUUCUGCAAAUGAAGGUAGAAGUUUAAAUAUUAUACUGUUUCUAGUUCUUACUUUGGUGCUGGUGAUUGACAACAAGAUCAGCCCGUGAUUCACUGGGAGGAGGAAAGGAUUUAUUGCAGGAGACAAACAGUUCAUUACGUUCUUUGGCUAAGUUUUUCAGCACCUGACUUAAACUUUAAACAAACGCAAAACUGUAAUAGGUGAUGCAAUUAACCUCACAUUACUGGGAACAUUUGAAAGUUAAGGUAAUGAUUAAAAAGGGAAAACUAGAUGAUCUUCAGACAAAUUUCUUCUUAAAAAUUGUAAACAAGAGAAUAUCUGCAGAUGUUGGAAAUCCAAGCAAAACACACAAAAUGCUGGAGGAACUCUGCAGGCCAGGCAGCAUCUAUGGAAAAGAGUACAGUCGACGUUUCAGAUUGAGACCCUUCAUCAGGACUUAAAAAUUUUUCACAGGGUGAAAUAAUGGAACAUGUGCAUUUGGCAGCACUAGAUGAAGAUGAUUUGUAUUCAGGAUACAAUGACUACAACCCAACUUAUGACACAGAGGAACUGGAGAAUGAUGCAGCUUUCCAGCAAGCUUUGAGGACUAGUCAUGGAAGAAGACCACCUAUGACUGCAAAAGGACCAAAUACUGCAGCAGGUGCACGUUCUUUCGGGAAUAUGGGGGCAAGAGUGCCAUUGGUUUCUUCAAUGGGAAGGCCAGCAACUGGGGCUAUUGUGGAUGGACUCUCUGUUGCUAGACCAAUGACAGCAGUGCGUGCAGCAGGCUAUUCUUCUUCACUCCACAGAGGCUCUGCAUUUGAUCCUCUUGGACAAUCGAGGGGACCUGCUACUCCUCUUGAAACAAAGAAUGAAGACACGCUAGAAGAAAAGGUUAAGAAUUUGGAAAGGACAGUGAAUGAACUGAUAGAAGAAAGUUGCAUUGCUAAUGGGCGUGGUGAUCUACAGUUGGCCUUAGAAAAAGCAAAAGAAGCAGGGAGGAAAGAAAGGAUGCUGGUGAGACAGAGAGAGCAAACAGUAUCAGCAGAUCACAUCAAUCUGGAUCUUACUUAUUCGGUUCUUUUCAAUUUAGCCAGCCAGUAUGCAGCCAAUGACAUGUACGCAGAAGCAUUAAAUACCUAUCAGGUGAUUGUAAAAAACAAGAUGUUUAAUAAUGCAGGUCGGCUGAAGGUAAAUAUGGCAAAUAUUUACUUCAAACAAAGGAAUUAUCCUAAGGCAAUAAAAUUUUAUCGAAUGGCACUGGAUCAGAUAUCAAGUUCCCACAAGGAGAUGAGGAUUAAAAUAAUGCAGAACAUUGGUGUCGUCUUUGUCAAAAUGGGACAGUACUCUGAUGCAAUUACGUCCUUUGAACAUAUUGUGAGUGAAAGCCCAAACUUAAAAACCAGCUUUAACCUGAUUCUGUGCUACUUUGCCAUUGGUGAUCGUGAAAAGAUGAAGAAAGCAUUCCAGAAGCUGAUAAUGGUCCCACUUGGUAUUGAUGAAGAUGACAAAUACAUUCCACCAAAUGAUGAUCCACAUAUGAAUCUAGUAAUCGAAGCUAUCAAGAAUGAUCCACUCAGGCAAAUGGAGCGAGAACGGAAGGCAAUGGCAGAGAGAUUUAUUAUGACUGCAGCUAAGCUGAUAGCACCUGCAAUUGAACCAUCUUUCGCUGCUGGAUAUGACUGGUGUGUGGAAAUGGUCAAGACUUCCCAAUAUGUUGAGCUAGCUAAUGACCUAGAAAUUAAUAAAGCCAUCACUUAUCUGAGACAGAGGGAUUUUAACCAGGCUGUGGAGACUCUGAAAAUGUUUGAGAAAAAGGACAGCAGGGUUAAGAGCGCAGCUGCAACAAACCUCUCUUUCCUUUACUUUCUGGAAAAUGAUUUUGGGCUAGCAGACCGUUAUGCAGACCUUGCUAUGGUUGCUGAUCGGUAUAACCCAGCAGCGCUAACUAAUAAAGGAAACUGUGUUUUUGCACGUGGUGACUUUGAGAAAGCAGCUGAAUUUUAUAAGGAAGCCCUGCGGAAUGAUUCAUCUUUUACUGAGGCACUCUAUAACUUGGGUCUUACAUACAGGAAUUUGAACAGACUAGAUGAAGCUUUGGAUUGUUUCUUGAAGCUCCAUGCAAUCAUGAGGAACAAUGCUCAAGUUAUGUAUCAGAUUGCAAAUUUAUAUGAAACAUUGGAGGAUCUACCUCAAGCCAUUGAAUGGCUCAUGCAGUUGAUUAGUGUUGCCCCGACAGAUUCACAGGCACUUGCUAAAUUAGGGGACCUGUAUGACAGUGAGGGAGAUAAAUCUCAAGCUUUCCAGUAUUAUUAUGAGUCAUUUAGAUAUUUCCCAUCAAAUAUCGAGGGAAUUGAAUGGCUUGGGGCCUACUAUAUUGACACACAAUUCUGUGAAAAAGCUAUACAGUACUUUGAAAGGGCAGCACUCAUCCAACCUACUCAAGUGAAAUGGCGGCUAAUGGUGGCAAGCUGUUACAGAAGAAGUGGUAACUACCAAAAGGCAUUGGAAACGUACAAAGAUAUUCACCAGAAGUUCCCAGAAAAUAUUGAAUGCUUGCGCUUUCUAGUUCGACUUUGUACAGAUAUGGGGCUGAAUGAAGUUCAGGAAUAUGCCACAAGACUGAAGAAAGUUGAGAAACAGAAGGAAUUAAGAGAACAGCGCGUUAAAUCUGGCAGAGAUGGCAGUGCUCGUGGACGUAGAGAGGGGAGUGCUGGUAGUGAAAAUGGACAAAAUAGUAGCAGUGCCAAAGGAGAAAGGUUGAGUGCAAAGUUGAGGACACUACCAGGAGUUAAUGACCCUUAUGAAACCAGCACCAAUAAAGAUAUAGAUGCAUCGUACGUGGAUCCGCUUGGACCACAAAUUGAACGGCCCAAAACUGCAGCUCGUAAACGCAUUGAAGAAGAUGAAUUUGCAGAUGAAGAACUGGGAGAUGAUUUGUUACCAGAGUGAUGACUGCAAUCUCCAAAUAGAAAACAAAUUAGUCAAUAUUAAAAUAGCUAUUUCCUUUAUUUGCUUAAAAUGUGGUAUUUAUUGUAUUUGUAAUUAAUUAUAAAUGUAAAUAUGUUUGAUAUUUCAUAUUUAAUUUUUGUAAUGGUAUAUAACAUCUUAUGGGUUCAUGUAUAUUUAAAGAUUGACUAAACUCUGUAAUUGAUAUUCUUGAUUACCACUAUUGCGUAAUUAUCCAAUAAUUCAAUCCUAGAUAUUAAAUAUUUAGGAUUGAAGAGAUGUGACAAUUUGUUUACUGUAAAAAAUAUACUACCACUUUGUGCAUUUUUGAUAAUAAAUGUAACUAUUAAAAUCAAAAUUGGAAGAUG